UUUAUUUUUCACUCUUUGUUUUAAAUUGGUUAAUUUUCUUUGAAGUAUUUCCCUGAAACCUUGACGAUCGUGAAAGCAAGAAUGGAAGAGGAGAAAAAAUUGAAUGAUUUCCAGCAACUACUCUUCAACUACUUCAAACAUCUAGGUUUCAAUGAAAACGUUGUUCAAGAUUUGAAGGAGAAAGCCCUCGAUCCUAAAACUCCAAGUUUCAAACCCUUGUCCCAGUGGGUUCGUAUGCCAGGUUCAGAAGCCAGGCCAAAAGACGUUGGAACGGACAACACUGUGGAGCAAGGAGACGGUGCAGAACUGACGAGGGAGAAGAAGAAGGUUGCGACAGGGGUUGAUGGGAAAUUCCAGGCAAUCGAUUCUGCUUCAGUGCUUAUUUCUGAUUUUCGGGAGAAGUUGGUUGUUCAAUCUGAUCAGAGUUCGGGCUUGCGAUCAGAUUGUUAGGUUAUGGAAGAUGAAAUCCUGACAGGAGAAAGCUACCAUUAACAAGACAAGAUCUGGAAUGUUGUCGUUCGAGUUUUUUUUUAAAAUUCUCUUUUAGUUAUUUCCAUGUAUGUAUGCUCCAUUUGUUAGGCAGAAAACAUCUAUUUUGGGAAAACUUAUCUUAUUUUCCAAUGUUUGAUUGGAGGAAAAUAAAAUUUUUAAUGAAAACCAAAUAUCGGGCAAAGGAAAAACUAACGAUGAAACCCAGGAAAACAACAUCCGUUUCUCGUGAGUGGAUGUUGUUUUCUUUGGCAGUCAAGAGCUUCUCCUCUCUCAACGCUGUCCGUCAUCCGGAUUUCCAAGAUCGGCUUCGCACCUUGGUUUCCAUGGAAGCUUUUGUCUUUCUCCAUUAGAUCAGGUUAUGUACCUUCUAAAUCUAGGGUUCAGAUAUUGAAUCAUUCAAUUAGACAAGUGCUUUCUCGAUU